GUUCGGUUGGGAUGGACGGUGGUUUUGAUAGAAUGAGCGUGCUAGAACGACAAGAAGCAAUUUGGAUGAAGUGGCAAGAAGAGCAGCUCCACCACCCACCGCCACUACCAUUACAAGUGCGGCAACUGGGACAUGAUUUUUUCAACUCAACUGACCAGCUGAAUGUGUUCUCCUCUCCUGCUCAAGCUCAUCAGCAUUUUCAUGGGUUUAUCACUAACGAUCACCAUUUUUCUGGGCUGCUGACUCAGGGGAUAUUGAAGCAGGAUCCAGAUGUCCAAACUACUACUGGCUGUGAUAAUUUUACAAAUAUUGGAGGGCCAAGUGCAGGGGUUGGGGCUUGCGAGCUUGAAAACAUUACUGGUUUCGGAAUGGAUUACGCAGUCUCGAGGACUGUCAGUUGUCCACCAGCAAUGGCAGCUGCAAUGGCGGAUGUGGCAACCGCUGCCAGUAAGGGAAGGGAGACUACACUGCCUGAGAAGCUGAGCUCUAGUGCAGGGAGAGAGAGCUUCAAGAAGAGGAAGGCUGACAAGACCCAAAACCAGAAGGAAGCAACAGAACAGGAGGGCAAAGACAAGAGAUCGAGAGGAUGCCAGAAAGAGGAAGAUUCCAAGGUCACAGAGCAAAAAAGCACGAGCAAGAAUACUGCUACAAACAACACUAUCAACAGAGAAGCUUCAGAGACAUCGAAAGAGAACUCGAAGAUAUCUGAGGUUCAAAAACCAGACUACAUUCAUGUCCGAGCACGUCGUGGUCAAGCCACUGAUAGCCAUAGCUUGGCUGAAAGAGUAAGGAGGGAAAAGAUUAGCGAGAGGAUGAAAUAUCUGCAGGAUUUGGUACCAGGAUGCAAUAAGAUCACCGGAAAAGCAGGAAUGCUCGAUGAGAUAAUCAACUAUGUUCAGUCGCUUCAAAGACAAGUUGAGUUCCUGUCCAUGAAACUGGCCGCAAUAAAUCCAAGGCUUGAUUUCAACAUCGACAACAUUUCCACAAAAGAGAUUUUUGCUGUUGGCACAUCUGAAUUACACACAAUUGGUUCAACAUCAGAGAUAAUUAAUCCUCUCAAUUACCCUUUUGAUUCAAUACAGCAAGUGGUUUCAUGUUGCGGAUUGGAAACUGGCGCAGAUCCCUCUGAAAUGGCACUUCGGAGAACCAUUAGUGCCCCUGUGUCAAUCCAUGAAACGCUCGGGGAGUCACCUUAUUUCAGUCAAAUCCAUGCCUCUUCAACUUGGGAUGCUGAGUUACAGAGCCUCUACGCACUGGAGUUUCAACAAGGGAAAUCAACAUCAUUGCUUUCUCAGCCAUGUACAGGUUAUUUAGGAGGCAGCAAUGUAAAGAUGGAGAUCUGAAUCAGAAAAUCACAAAACCCCUUAGAUGAGCUCAAUCUAUCUGUUACCCGUUCUAAUUCUUUUCCUCGUUCAAGUAUAUGAUGAGCAUGUUAUAUGUAUCUCUGCAAGAAAUAAUAUAACCUUAGCAGUAUGUUUUCUGACCACAGCCUUGUAUUCUGCGUGCCACUUUCAGUUUUCUGAAAGUUACAUGCAUAAAAGUUAACCAAGAUUGGUACUAAACAUUGUGUGA